ACAAAACUAUCCAAAUUUAUUAAUAAAAAAUACAUAAAAACUUUAUUUAGAAACUAAUCACUGGACUUGCUCUAAUUAAUUAGAAAAUCAAUAUUCGUUGUAGACAGAUGUGUCAUGUGUGAUUGCCAUUUGUUUUAGCCAGAUUGAAUAUAAUUUUCUAAAUUUCUAAAGCUAUAGGAGAAAGUAAAUCUAUUGCUACAACUUCAGUUGUAAAUAUAACAAAUAUUUCAUGCAGUUUUGAAAUCAAGUUUCUAUAACAAAUAUAUGUUCUAGACUAAUUUGAGGUAAUCGAUCAUUUGAUAUUUAUUGAUUCAAAAUUUGUAAUUUUUGAAAUUUCUCUUUAAAUAAUUGGUUUUUGAGAUACAUAAGAAAAUUCAUGUUUUGACUUUCUUACCCAAGAUGCCAUGUUUAAAGAUGCACACGUAUACCUCAUAUUAAAAUGCAAAUUGUAACCUAUCGUAUCAUUUGUAUAAUAAAGAUGCUUCUGAUUUUUGUUUUUCUUCGUAAUAACUUAUUGUAUAAUAAGACAAGAACUGUCACGAGCCACUGUUAUUUUCGAUCAACUUUAUAUUUUAUCAAUGGUUUUGCUAGCUAGCAGUUGGUCCCAUCUUGGAACACAAGAAAAACGAGUAAUAUGUCAACAUUAUACUUUUUGGUGGGUUGGGUAAUGUGUCGGUGGGUGCUUUCGUUAUAUAUGAUUGUAUCAGAUUGCUCUAUCUGUCUUACGAGAGACCAAAACGAUGGAGAGCACGAAGAUUGCUCCUUCAUUCGAUCGUGCCAGUGAGCUUAAAGCUUUCGAUGAGACGAAGACUGGUGUGAAAGGACUCGUUGACUCUGGAAUCUCAAAGAUUCCACGCAUUUUCCAUCACUCAUCUGUCGAACUAGCAAACCCUAAACCACUUCCCUCGGACCUGCUACAUCUCAAGACGAUCCCAACGAUCGAUCUCGGAGGACGGGACUUCCAGGACGCGAUUAAGCACAAGAACGCGAUUGAAGGGAUUAAAGAAGCAGCUGCCAAGUGGGGUUUCUUCCAAGUGAUCAACCAUGGAGUUUCGCUCGAGCUUCUUGAGAAGAUGAAAGAUGGAGUUCGUGACUUUCAUGAGCAACCUCCUGAAGUGAGGAAAGAUUUGUACAGCCGCGAUUUCGGCAGAAAGUUUAUCUAUUUAAGUAAUUUCGAUCUCUACACUGCUGCAGCUGCGAAUUGGAGAGACACAUUCUAUUGUUACAUGGCUCCAGAUCCUCCAGAACCACAGGAUCUGCCAGAGAUUUGUAGGGAUGUUAUGAUGGAAUACUCAAAGCAAGUGAUGAUUUUGGGUGAAUUUCUGUUUGAGCUUUUGUCAGAAGCACUAGGGUUGAACCCUAAUCACCUCAAGGACAUGGAGUGCUUAAAGGGUUUGCGCAUGCUUUGCCACUACUUCCCACCGUGUCCGGAGCCUGACCUAACUUUUGGCACAAGUAAGCACUCCGACGGCUCUUUUCUUACCGUCCUUCUACCAGAUAACAUAGAAGGGCUUCAGGUUUGUCGUGAGGGAUACUGGUUCGAUGUUCCUCAUGUUCCCGGCGCUCUCAUCAUCAACAUCGGAGAUCUUCUGCAGCUUAUAACAAACGACAAGUUCAUCAGUUUGAAGCAUAGAGUAUUGGCGAACAGAGCCACAAGAGCUCGAGUCUCUGUCGCAUGUUUCUUCCAUACCCACGUAAAACCAAAUCCUAGAGUGUACGGACCCAUUAAAGAGCUUGUGUCCGAAGAAAAUCCUCCAAAGUACAGAGAGACCACCAUCAGAGAUUACGCUACUUACUUCAAUGGCAAAGGACUUGGCGGGACCUCUGCUUUGCUGGAUUUUAAAGUAUGAAUCAUGCCGAGCUACUACUUUCUCACAGAUAUACGACAUGACAUUAUAUGUAACAUGUUGGAGAUGUGUGAACCAAAUGUGGAAUUUAUGUAUUGAACAUUGUCAUCAAGGUUUGGUCCAAAUAAAGUGUAAUCGGAUAUGGUUAAUCAAUUGGAUUACGCACAAGCUGGUUUAUAUGCAUUUAAACUAAGUUGGAUGUAAUUAUGUUUGAUGAUCGUUGAUUUGAAUUAGAUGACUAUAUUUAAGGUUGGUUAAGAAAUGGUUUAGUGGGAGUUCGAUUUUUUUUCUUUCUUAUUAAUUUCUAACACUUGUCUGGUCCCGUCACUGUCACAAGCGG